CUUGUGAUGAAAUACUACCAUUCUACAGGACACAAGGACGUCACAAAACGCAACGACUUUGAAAUGACUCCUUUAGCUGAGCCUUGAGUGGAACUAAUCUCGCAUUCAUCGUCCUUUUUUGGGUAGGCCCUUGCUAGACUCAAAAUCCGGUCCGAAAAGCCUCCAACAUAUAUUUUAUUCAAGACCUAGAGGCAUUCCCUAAUUAUCUUCCCCCAAGAGCUAGUUUCCACCAAUUCUCCUUACUUUAUUUUCCUCGUUUUUACUGCGUUAUUCUCACCGUCCUCCUGUUAGCUUUCUUCCCAGUAGCCAUGGCGACUGCACCAUCUCUCAUUACGGAAGAGGGCCUUAGAGUGUACCUCAACGCACACUCCGUCGAAUACACGGACGUCAAACUCCUUACAGGCGGCACAGCCAACUAUGUCUACCGUGUUACCCUCACAGAUGGACCGCCAGUCAUCUACAAACACGCAGCGCCCUACUUGUCAUCCAACACCAGUUUCGCCUUUGACCAUGCGCGAAUGGACUACGAAGAUAGUGCCUUAGAAAUCCUUACCCAUAUGCUGGCAGAAGCGCUACCGGAAUCCAAUGUCCAUGCCGUAGGGUGGUACAGCUACGACCGAGAGCAGAAACUGCUGUGUAUCGAGGAUGGCGGCGACCGCGAUCUGAAACACGCAUAUCCAGAUUACAAACUUGAUAUCCUAGAGAUUGGAAAAGAUAUUGGGGAAUGGAUCGCCACGCUACAUCUGACUUCGACACGGACCUCGCUCUCUUUGACUGAUGAACAAGAUCUCAAAGCGAAUAAUCCAAUUGCAGUCAACAUAUACCGGCACUCAUACCAUAACCUUCAUCUGGCGUUCUCAGAGUAUAAUCAUGAUGUGAAGUUUGCGGAAUACAUCAAUGAAGAAUUCGGUAGCCGUCUACAAGCAGAGAACGAGUGUGUCUGCCAUGGCGACUUCUGGCCCGGGAACGUAUUGGUCAAGCCUAAGGAUAGAGAAACAAGCGCCACUCUCACAGUUGUGGAUUGGGAGAUGACUCGUCGUGGCAAUAGUGCUACAGACGUUGGACAAUUCGCUUGCGAGGCAUUUCUAUUGGACCGGUUUCGGGGAGGCCGAGGCCUUCGUCGGGCGUUUUUGAGCUCAUAUGUUGACGUGAGAGAGAGGAAGGCUAUAAAGGGUAAGAGCGAGAUCGGAAGGGAGUGGGUUCGGCGCAUGGCGGUGCAUUGGGCCGUUCACGUCGCAUAUUGGCCAACAAGGGUUGAAUGGACGGAUCGGGAAGGAACACAGAAACUGGUAGAUCUGGGAGUGGAGGUCAUGAAAGCUGCCGUGGAUGGAAACUGGGAGGCUCUCAAGUCAUCAGAGCUCUUCAAGGAUGUUGCUGAGGUAUGGUCGGGGGUUUGGGAGAGGAUAUGAGCGUUUUAUCAGAGUGGCUGCGGUGAUUUGGACUCGAAUAAUCUUUUGAGGUGCU